GACACACUCAACGUUCUUCUGUUCACACUCACACCACAGACAGAGAGAGAGAGAGAGAGAAGGAGAGAGGGGGUGAAAAGAAGAGAGGAAACUGAGAAAGAACAAGAGAAAGAAGGAAACAGAAAGAGGGGAAAGGUGAUCGGGAGGAGAAGCUCAUGAGGAGACGUGAAUCGAAGAAGUCAAAAAGAAAGGAGGUGAAGAGGAGCAGAGAGGAAGAGAAAGAGAGGACAUGAAGUAAGUGGCCAAGAAGUCGAGGAGGCCGGAGGAGUGAGACUUAAAGCAGAAGAGGAAGCAGAAAAUCCGAAAAGAGGGUGAGAAUACAGAGAAGGAGAAACAGAGAGAAAGGUAGUGCAGAGACAGGAGAAAGAGGUUUAGAAAGGGAGGAGGAGAGGUGAGGAGGACCUGUGUGUUACCAUGGAGGAGGACAUCAGGAAACAGGGGAUGCUCUACCUGCAGCAGCAGAGGUUUGGAAAGGUGAGGCACCCACACACAGAGCUUAUGCUAUGCUUGUCCUUACAAAUCAAGUCUAUGUUAAAGAGUCACAUAAAGGCCAAAGCCCUACAGACAAGAUAGUUUCAACUAGAUUUAGUUGAUAUUUUACUCAAAACUGUUCAGACUUGGAAAGAAUAAAUAAGAUUUUAGAUAGAGGAAAUAGAUGUGUACCAUAGUACAGCUUGGCCUUGUUAAAGUAACCAAUCAGGUGACAAGCAUGUGUGCUAAUUGUCAACAGGUGUUCUGUUGAGUUUUGCUACUUUGUCAAAAGUUGCUUCCAUACCUUAAAUCAAAAAGACCAAUCAAUCGUUUUCUAUAUAUCCUCAAUUCACAAUAAGCGUCAUCCCAAGAUGCUUAACAAAAAAGCUAGUCUCGACCAGACUUUGUUUACAAAGACCCGAUGUGAAGAUGGGAUAAGACUGAGUCACACCUUGUAAGAUCAGACCAGUUCCAGAGACGGACAGAAGUGAGACUGGUGCAUGUAAUUGAAGUAGCUGGAAAGCAGACAGGUCCACAUCGGCAGCGGUGAUUCAGAGUAACCUAUGGCGUUACUGGGGUAAGGCACUCCCAGUAAAGACUGUGGUAGUCAUUCUAAUGGGACAUGAUGAUCCAAAGUUAAUGACAUGGACAGAAGAAAUGUUCCAACUAGUGCACAACUAUUUUUAAAACUUUGAUAGAAGUUUGAACUGUUAGACAAAUCCAAAACACGUGGUCUACGGAACAUGACAUGACGUGACUGAGAGCAGACCAUAUUUAGCUAGUAUAUCAGCGCACAGUCCAGGUGCUCACUGAUGGCACAAAUGACAAAGAGUCAUGUCAACUGUAUAAAUAUAGCUCAUUUAUAAACAGUUAAUGUUGACCAAAUUUACCAGGUGAAAGGACAGCAAGAAAUCGUCAAUAAAUAACACAAUACAGCAACAGACUUCAAUCUGUCAGGAUACUAAUACUCUCAUUUCGAAGGGAGGGCCGAAGGGAAAUGAGGUGUUCAAUCAUGAUUUUAAACUUUCUGUGAGUGAAGUAAGUUCCUCAACUAUACAUAGGUGUGUUUCAGGCUUAACAUAAGUCAAACCGAGCAGUGUGUCUGCUCUCUUUACUCUCUUUGCUUUUCGUACUUUUAUUUACACAAGUCAGCAUUUUUGCCUUCUCUCAUAUUAAGUUCCCAAAAUGUCAGUGAUAUACACAAGUGGCUGUAAGAGUUUGUGGGUUGGUAUUUCAUCAACGAAACAGUCCCUGUGAACAGGAAAAACAGAUGUGACUUUCCAAAAAAACAGACAUGUAAAUUUACAGAAGAGACACAACAGCAUAAUCUUAGUAUUGUUUAAAACUCAGACAGUAUCAGACAAGAUCUACUUAUAUCCUGUUUACAUUCGAGGAAGAUGAGCUGGAAGUCUAUUUUUACUUACUUACGCCACUUAUCACAUGGUUGUAAUCUACAAACAGAUUAAGUUUAUUUCAGUCAUCACAAAGUGCGUCACAUUGACGAAUUUCAAGAAAACAACAAGUUCAUAAACAGUUAACAUAGAAGCAUUUUUGUUUAAAGAUGGGAUUCAGGUGUAUUUUUUACUGGCCUCUAUGUAUCUUAAUAGGCACCUACAAGAGUGCUGCAAACUUAUGUGUGUACGUUUCUGUUUUUAAUGUAGAAAUGGAAGCGGGUGUGGUGCGUUCUGUACAGAGAAAGCCCCUGUUCAAUCUCCAGGCUAGAGUUCUUUGAAUGUAAAGAUGGCGGGAGUGUCGAGAAGAAUGAUAGAAAUCUUCGCAAACAGCAAGAACACAAGAAGGUAGGCACUUUUUUAUACUCUGUGGACUCUACUGUAUUCAUUUAAUUAUAAUAAGGUGCUCUAUUAAUCUCAGUUUCAGUGUGCUGCAUUCUGUAUCAUUCAUUACUGAAACACUAUGUCCAUCAGUUUCAUCUUUUAACCUAAAGAGCUCUGAUUUCUGUGAAGUUUUGCUCUACUUCUGUAUCCCUUUUUCCUUGAAAUAUAUCAUGGGGGGAAAAAGCAACUUUGAAUUAACUGAAGUUUGUAGAUUGAUGUUUAUGAGCCUAAAACUUGCCAUUGCCUCCUCCGCUGUUGCCAUUUUUGUAACUAGAAGUGACCACUCAUCCCCAAGAGGAGGAAGCAUGCAUUGACCGUGUCUGAUCUUAAUGGACUAACUUAGCUCAUUAAAUGUCAAAUGAACAAAUGUCAAAAUGAUAGCUUUACCCUUCUCUUGUUGUACAAAAGACAUUGACAUAUUUUGAACUAGUGGCAAGAGUCCGGGUGAUGUAUUUCUCAAUUUGUCAUUUUCUUAAGAUUGAAACACUCCUUUAAUUAACCUUUCAGAAAAAUGACUACUUGCAUAUAAAUCAGCUUAAUAAGAGCCAACUAUAGUCACAGGAAUCAAUGCAAAAAAUGUAUUUAAUGUGUAUUUUGAUUUUAAAGUUUGGCCCAUGUCUGAUCUGUUUACAUUUAGACUUAAUGAUCUACACCAUUUUGGCUUCACUUACGGGACGCCGUCAUGUUAAGCAAUAUCUAAUACAGUCUGUGGUUACAAAAGGUUAUUAAAAGCUUUAUUAGGAAACACCAGAGCUAGUUUAUUUGGCAAGGCAUAUCCUUAAAUCGUGGUAAAUGACCAAGAUAUCUGAGGACAAAGUGGAAGAAACCUGUCAACACACUAAAGUACAAUUUUCUUUCUUAGAAAUCUAAUGGUACUUUUAUGUUGAACUUUUAAUAUAGUAAUAAUAUCAGUUUGAUAAGAACCAUUGUGUGUCCUUUAGGUGAUCCGUCUGGCUGACUGUAUCCGGGUGUCUGAGGUGAUGAUGGAUGGCUGUCCCAGAGACACAGGGCCCUUCCUGAUUGAGACCACUGAGAAGAAAUAUGUAUUUGCCUCAGACAGGCAACACUUGGAUGACUGGACACAGAAACUGUGUGAGAUUGCCUUCCCUGUAAGUACACACACACAAAAACACCUUAAAAGUCCACAUAUAAAAAAAACAACAACAAAAAAAAAGCAUGUGUCAUCUAGAAAGGGCAGUCCUGUUUUGUGAUUAUUCAACCACACGUAUGUCCACAAAUCUUGAGUGAAACGCGUAAGCAUGCACGCACGCACGCACACACACGCACGCACGCGCACGCACGCACGCACACACACACACACAUAAAAAGAGUUAAUCAUGCGUGGAACCAACAUAAGCAGUUGCAUUUGACCAAUUUUCAAUCAAAAUGGGGAAAGCAUGACUAAGUAGAAACACCGGUGAAACCAGCUCUGAUAUACUGGCUCUUAGUACCCAUCUGUUCUUAUCUAUCUGUUAUGUAAGUGUUGGGGACAUUGUGGAGGAAAUUGGAGGCUAUAGGCUUUAUCAUGCAAGUUAUCAGUAAAGCAUAAACAUGAGGACAUAAUGAAACAAGUUUGAGUGUUUAUUAAGGGGUUUAUUUGACAGUUAAGUCAAGCUACGUUUAAACCUGCCAUUGGCAAUUUAACUGGACUACUGUCCUUGUUCCAGUUGGUAGACACAUCAAUAAGAGGCUUAUCGGUAGUAUGUCAAAUCAUGAAAAUGCUAAUUACUUUACAGCUGUGCCCUUUUUUUCCAUACGACACAACAGCCUCUUCUUUUUUAAUAAUACUAUCAAUCAGAUUUUUGAACAACACACUGAGUGAGGUCAGAUGGAGAUGUCACGUGGCCACUCUUUGAAUGUGUUGGUGGUUGUGACUUGGGCCAGUGAUCUGUGAACAGGUCGAUAAGAGGUUGACCUCAGUGUUCAUGAGCAAACCUCAGUGAGUUAAGUGACAUUUUAACAGUGCUGACAGAGUUCUCAUGGUAGUUUAUAUGAGUGAAGUGAACACAAAAAGGACUCCUACAAAAAAAGCUGAAGUUUAUCCUAAGUCACAGUUGAAGUCACUAAAAAAAUCAAAGAUCAGGAUUUUUGGGUGGGACCAAGAGUGGCUGAUCAGAUUCCAAGGGGGGCGGGACCACCCCUCUGGACACACCUGCAUCUGCAUUCCCCUGUUCUUCUUGAGCAUCAUUGUCUCACACCAUGCCUAUUGUUUUCAAAGAGGUAAAGGUUUCAUAGUUGAUAGCACAACCACGGCAAUGCUUUUCGCAUCAGCCUCCACUCACAGUAAAGUCAAGCGUCUGUGAUUUCCUAUUGGCAUACAUGCAGGAAAUAAGUGCAUCACCUGUAUGAGGUCCUAUCCUCUGGAACUGUGUUGGCAUUUGCUUCUCAUUCAACACGUAAUGCUAAACUUUCAAAACUUGUCUCUGUGCCGCAGCUUGUGGUUUUAAUGUUUGUUUUCUUCAAUCUUAUCUAAGUCCUUUGCUCUUCGGAGUUAACCACCCUGCACACUGCUGGAUGAUUGGUGACACAGCUAGAGUACUUAGACUUGGAUGCACCAUCAAAAUAGUCUACUUUGCAUCACAUGCUGAGGUUAAAUUAAUUGUGUGUAGCUCAGUGCUUCUUAAAUAUAAUUUUCAGUCUGACUACAACUGUACUGUCACAAAUCUAUACUUAACAUCCAUGUUUUUGCUCAUCUGCAGUGUAAGGGGUUGUGUAAUAGACCAGAACCUCAACUCUGAGGGCUGAGGGGAAAACUGGUCGGGAGGGGUAGUGUUUACAUUCAAGAUUUCUCCAAAAACUGGCACUUCCUCAGAUCCUGACUACCUCCCCUUUAAGUGACAGGUACACAGCAUGGACACAUGAACAAAGAACAAACACAAUGAACAAACAAAGAGGGAAGGCAGCGUUGGGUGUAAAUAUACAUGGUAACGAUUAACAAGAGGCAGGUGAGACACUAGCACACAGGUGCAGACAAUGGCUGUUUUCAAAUUUGCCUACUAUACUUGGCAGAUUUGCCCAAAAUUUAGUAUGCAGUGUGCAGUAGGUGAACAAAUGGGAAAUUUGCAGUAUAUCAAAAAUACCCAGAUAAUGUACUGAUUUCGGAAAAUUUCACAGUAUGCAUCGAACCAGUCUGCUUCGCCAACUGUUACCCAUAAUGCAAAGCGCCUGGGCAGACGGCGGAAUAGUGGAGCACCCGAGCGUUCAUUUUCUAAGAAGACACCCUAAAGAUUUCUCCUUCUGACAGCCUGUCUUCUCCUCCCUCUUUCAGCAUUAUGUGUGUAAACCACUGACAAGAAUGUCAUGUUUUGUUCGUUCUUUCAUUUAAGCAGGUCAUUGCAUAGACAACACAUUUUGACGGCUGAUAUUGGGCUAAAAUAUCCUGAAAAAAUCUAACUAAAACACAAGUCAGAUUUUUCAGUGCGUAAAUUAAUUCGUGACACUGUAGUGUUGUUGCAAUUUGCCAGGGUACAAUGUACUUUUCCAUACCGGAAACCAAGCAUACUACAUAAUAACGGCCGACUUGCGGUCAUACUGCAUACUACUGUCGAACACAGUACUCGGCAGGAAUAUGCAGUAGGCCAAUUCAAAAACAGCCUAUUACUAAGGAGGGAAAAACACAGGAAGUAAAACUCAACACACAGAGAUAAACUACUACAAAAUAAAACAGGAAGUCAAACUAUACCAGACACACAAGGGGAAGGAACCACAAGAUAAAACAGAAAAUACUGAAAACUGAUCUUAAGAAUAAACUCAGAGAUUAUUAGGGAGGGAUAGGGGUGAGGAUCAAAGACAAACUGAAAACUCACAAAACUAGGAUCAUAGUGGCCAGAAACACGAGGGAACAAACAACUAAAUUACAAAACCAACAAAAAAAAAAAAUGUAUUUACAAGAACAUAUCAUGACAACCAUUAGCUGACUAAAGAGGAAACUAACUGAACCGUUUAUUUUGUUGUUGUCUUUGACCUGAAUAAAAUGACAUUAAUCCUGCUGCUUGUGUCCAGGUUAGAGUGGUGCAGCUUUGCUAAUGAUAAUGUAGGAGAAGCUAUCAAACUUGGAAACAUAUUUGAAGGGGAAAAAAUAAAGAAAAAGGUGAAAAAGAUUGAAGACAAAGAGCAGCGGUCGAGCAGGAAACCAAUAGAUUCUGUGAGUGUGGUUAUAAAUAGCAACAUGAUGACAGACAGCUGGCAGUCCUUAGUCACAACUCUUUUCUCCUCUUUGUUUCAAUUCAACAGGAAAUGCAAACUUCACACAUAAAAACAGCCAAUCAGGUGGCAGCAUCUAUCAGCAGCGUAUAAUAUAGUGUCUGACUGAAUGACGCAAGCCUGCAAAACACAAAGCACAGUUACAGCUCAGAGAUGGAUGUACAUGUCCAUAAACUUGUCUUUGAAUAAUAGAUGAGCUCUUUCUAAUUCUUGAAAUGUUUAAGGGGAUAUUUAAAAUAGACCAAAGAUUUUAAACACACAUCAUAAAGCACAUAGUAAAUGAGUGCACCUCUGACUACGUUUUACUAGUUAGAUGACACACAAUCCAGCUGCUAAGUGAUGGUAUAUUUACAUACACACCGUGCUAAAGCUGAUAUACAUAACUUUGUUCCUUCUACUGUGUCCUUAAAUUAUCAGAAAACACAAACGUCAUUGUAUGAGCUAUGCCAAUGUAUGGAUUGAAUUUAUAUGCACUGAAACAGACACUCUGGACCACAGAAGCAAUCCCAAAAAAGAAAUGUACUGAUGUGUACAUUUAUACACAAGGCACACCAGCAUAACUUCAUUAAAUAUUUACUGAGAGUAUCAAGCCAGGUCUAAUGAUGCUGGUGUAUUGCACACGUACAGUUAUGUUUUAAGAGGGUAAAAAACACCCCAUUGUGUAUGGGUGUGAGUAUGUCUGCAUGCAUUCAAGAGAGUGCACAUGAUAGAGAGCUUGGUUUGGCCUCAGUCUGUAGUUUUUGGCCUGUGCAGGGCUGAGGUAAAGCGGGUGUGUGAGGAGAUAACGGUGACCAUGUUCACGUCUCAACCUCAUAUCAAAUAUAGCAUGAUGUCAGAAGAUAUGGGGAAAGAUACUUGUGUCCCCAAGACCUAUGUCCCCUGUCCCUGGUCCUGGUCGCUACAUUGCUGUUUAUCUCUGUUUAACAAUAAGAAACACAAGUAGUGAUAUUAGGAGAUUACAGCACCAUGGACUUGAGGCAUCAGAUGACGUUGUGUUGGCCUUUGUUGUUACUUUCUGCAUCCUUAAAAUAGCAAUCGGUGACUGAGUCAAGCUACAAAUAAGAAAGACACUUGGCUUCACAAGUGUUGGGCAACAAUGCUAAAUAUUAUCUGCCAUCACACUUAAACUAGAAGACUUUUAGAUCAGAGACCCGGUAUGUGUGUUUUCUUAUUCCUUUUGGGGGUUGGGGGAGCUGUAAACUGGUUUUCAAUAACAAAUGGAAGUAAAUCAGUACCUGCUGCCUUUAUUUCCAAUUGUAAUAGAACCUGAAUCAAUAACUCCAGGGGUGAAGGUUUGGUUUGAGGGUUGGUUAAAAGAGAGAUUCUAGAUCCAAAUGGUCGUAACGCAACACAUUAAUCAAUAUAAAACUCCUUUUAAAAUUGAAUCAUCCUAUAAAAAUGUAAGUGUCCUGGUUCUGCAUGUAAAUCAAUGUAUGUCCCCUUAAUGGAUGUUAACACGCAUGUAUGUGUGUUCAGAUGAGCUGGACUGAACAAAGUGUGAAGAGAGGCAGCCUGCACCGAGGAAACAGAGUGGAUGAAGAUGAAGGGAUGGAGGACAACUCACUGUACAGCAGCAGACAGACAAGUGAGUCUGAAUGUUCACCUGACCUACCUCAGCAGUUUCUGUCUGUCUCUACAUCUUUGGGCUUCAUGGUCUGUGCACACCUAGGGUUCCCAUUAUACAGUCUAUGGAUUUUCUUUACAGUUGAACUUUUAUUAUAAAUACAGCCCCAGUUAUAAGGUACAGAGAACAGCUCUUUGGUAGUAAUAAGAAGUAGUAGUGGUCGUAUUGAUACUCCUGUCUCUGCCAUAUGAAUACAACAAUACCUCUGCUGUAGAUGCAGCUAUACUUGAUGUUAACAUUCCUCUUAACCACUUGAAUUACAACAUAAUAGGUUGAGUACUCUAGUGCCUGCAGUAUACAUACGGCUCUGUUUGAAGUAUGAACAAAGCUCCACCUGCUAAAUAUUUACACCUGUACUUGUGGUAAUUUAGUAUGGGCACACCGGAAACUUUAGUAAGACCUCAGCAGGGAUACCAGUCAUGUAUAGUGUAGAAUAAAUUUUAAAUAUCUACAUAUAAGAUGCAGCAUAAGGGGAAGAACAAAAUUGCAGAAAAUGGAAAUACUAAAGCACAAGUUCCUCAAACUGGUCCUAAACUCAGAGCUUGGUUAUGUGUAUUUAUAAACUUUCCACCACUGUCAGCAUGAGUCAAGGAUCAGACUUUGAAAAAACAUCAGCUGGUUGGAGACACAAAUACUUUGAGAGGUUUAUUUGUAGACUGAAGAAUUUAUCUGAUGAGUUUUUACUUGAGUUUUUAGAGAUGUCAGAUGUAGACCAUCUUAACCAGCCCUGCCAGUCAACUGUAAAACCCUUUGUUGAUGACUCUGUAUUCUAUGUUUCUAUCCGUAGCAGACAGGCUUUACUUUAACACCUUGAAAAGUCUUGAAGUUUUCUCCCAAACCCUCCAGGUGUCAUUGUGUUUGUGCAGCAGUUUUAAGUCCAACCUUUAGUUAGUUUCCUGUCGCACCUCCAACCAAACCUCACUUCCUCUCUCGCUCUUUUCCCAGCGCUGCUAAAUUUGGCAGCAUGCGGCUGAAAUGAUGCAUCACAUUGCAACACACAUGUACACAAACACACAGAGGGAGGUGUUUGAUUCUUAGUUCUAAGACAGAUGACCACAGAUGUCUCACUUUUAGAGUCAAUUUAGAUAAAUAGUUCCAGUUUUUUAAAGACAGGACAGGACCCUUUGUCGACUCUUUGUCUUUAUAAAAUUUGCACAAUAUUCAUUUAACAUGGACCUAAUUUGUGCUGUUUUCAAGGAUUAUGGAGUUAAUCCAAUCAUUUCUCUACUGCUUGAAAAUAUCUAUGAACCUUUGCUAUUAAAAUGUUGGGACGUUGUGGAAAUGUACACUACAGGACAAAAGUUUGGAAGCAAGAUCAGAUUUGUACAAAAAAAGAUCAUAGUUUCAUAUAUAUAAUUUGCAACACAAUAAACAUGACUAUAGGGAACCGAAGUCAUGCUAACUUCCGGGUUAGCAUACGGUCCUAUGGAGCCCAUCAAAAUGAAUGGACAGAUAUAUAUAACUACUGGUCCGCUUUGGUAUACGCCGUGGAUUUCACAUAUAAUGUUUAUCAUGUUUAAAUUUACAUUUUAACCUCGAAAAAGCCGUGAUUUUAGACAUGUUGCUAUAACUACAGUUUAAUUUAGAGUGAGACCACGUAAUGAACUACACCGCUCGUCGCACUAUUUUUGCGUCACUGUCUAAGCUUUGACAGACGACGCAUUUCAUGUAAGUCUCACCUGAUUAAUUGAAUCCACCGACUCCUUUUCUUCUUAUCAGCCGGGAAACGGCGAAAGGAACAUCCUGCUGAACUAUUAUGGUGACAUUCUGGCACAAAACACACAGGCAUUUUGGCAAUGAUAACGAGUUGACAGGAGUUGUCAGCUAGCUAGAAGUAGAAAUACUGACGUGACGUCAUUUACGCGACUUCUUGAGGUCUGUAGUCUCUCCAUUUACGUGUUUUCAAAGACAAAUAGAUCAACAAUUACACAACAAACAUAGCCUUUAUUUACCUUAAUGGUUAUCAUUUAAGUUAAAAUACAACAUAUUUGUGACUCAGGGUGUAAAACAAAGCGGACCAGAAAAUACCAUAGACCUGUCCAUUCACUCCUAUUAUCCCAAUAGGACCUAUAGCGCUAACGUGGAAGUGGGCGUGGCUUCGGUUCCCUAUUGUGUAAAGAGUAACUUAUCAGAAGACAUUUUGACUAUAAUUAUUAGGUAUUUGAGUUAUUGUUGCUUAGACUUUGCUUUCUUUAAAGUAACCUCCUCUGACUUUAACAACAGCUUGGCAUAUACCAGGCAUUCGUUCCACAAGUUUUCUAAGGUAUGUUCCAGGGAUUGCAUUCCAAGUUCAUUAAAAAGUGACUUCUGAUUCGUGGGAUGUGUUUUUCUGACUGAUCCAAUUCAUCCCGCACAAGCUCAAUUGUAGAAAGUUCUGGAGACUGAGGGGGCCAAACCAUCUUUUGAAGAACACCUUCCUCUUCUUUUUUGUCGAGGUAACCCUGACAGAGCUUGUCAGAGUGCUUAGGGUCAUUGUAUUGCUGCAAAACAAACUUAUGAACCACAAGUCUGUAAGCGCUGCAUUGGGCGUCCUCCACACUCUCUCAUAUGAGCACAGAUGGAUUUGGUGUGUGUAAUGUUGGACCCACUAGUAAGCCAAAUAUCCUUUUCCACAAAUAAAGACAAUCGCAUAAAGUUGCAUAUAUUCAAACCUCACAUGACAAAGGUGGGUUGAGCUCACAGAUCACAACAUAAACUCCAAAAAUGGCAUUAAAAUCGGAACCAUCUGUGUGUAAAUGACGAAUCAUGCUCUGUGGCCUGGCUCUUUCUUUCAUAGAUCUUGGCAUAUAAAACAAAUUUGGCUCACAAAACUGAAUAUAAUAAUAUUUGUAUGUAGGUUUAAAGUAAAUAACUCAUCUGAUCACUGAAACAAAUCAUCUGUUCAGUCGCUGCAGCAGGACGGGGAGAGGACACAGAGACAUGUCCAGUUCGAGCUGCGCAAGAAAUUAGAGGAAGAGGAAGAAAGAAAAGGAGGGAGACGAAUUACAUAUCUUGUUUACUUCAUCAUGUGUGUCUAUUUACUAGAUAUUUAAUUUAAUUUAAUUUAAUGAGGUUUCAGCUGUGUUGAUUCGGUCAGGUUGUGUGUCCACCGCGUGCCAAACGCGCUCAUCAGAUCAGAUAUAGAUCAGAAUAUAUCGAUGUAGAUCUAAAUGUAUGUGUUGACUCAGAUUAUUAGUUGUUGAUUAUUUAUUGCACUGAAAUGUGCCUGACACUGUGGAAACCUGCCGGUGAGGCAUCGGUGACGUAUGCAGAUACACCGCCGGUCUACCAAAAUACCACUAGACCAUCUGCGCUCCGCCUGCGCUGAAAGCUGACCAGGUUUGAAUCAGUGAGCUUUCAUCACACUUUAUACGCCACCGGCGAGCACGAAAAUGUCACUGCGCCAGCUGAUUCUGUCAACACCUCCCCCUGCCACGCCCAGCUUGGCGGACCUCAGUGUGCCUCAGUCCACGAAAAUACCAAACUGGCUGUACGCCGGGCUCCGCCAGAUGAAAAUUUCACUGUGCGCGGUCUGCCACCCUCCGCCGCCUCACCGGCGGACAUGAAAAUAGAGCCCAUGGCGCUUUCAGACGUUCACCAGUUUGUCUGCAAACAUAGACUCUGCGUUUUGAACCAAACACUGCAAACUUGUUUCUAGUCAUCAUAAGUUCAAUUUUUGUGAGCUUUUGCCCACUCAUAUCUCUUUUUCUUGUUCUAUGGACAAAGUAGUGUUUUUUUGCAGAUACACAACCCUUCAGACCAGCCUUUCUCAAAUGUAUGAGAUAUGGGUUUUGACCUUGUCAUGUAGAUUUCCUCCCUUACUUUUGGUGCUGUGUUUCGCCGAUCUCUUUUACUGGUGACAAUUCUAUGUUUAUUCUCUCCUUUUUAGUAACUCUCUUUCGUCCAGGUCUUUUACUAUCAUCAUAACUUCCAGGUUCCUCUAGUCUCUUCAGAGUGUAGUGGACUCCUUUGUUAAACACCUUUAGGCAUUUUGCAAUUUCUCUUUCUGUGUAUCCUUCUUUCCUCAAUGUACAAAUCUGUACAUGUGUUUCUUUACUCAGUUGCUUCUUUCUAGCCAUUUUUGCGGUAGUUUGAAUGCAGUUGAGAUUUAUUAGGAUUUUUGUAUGCAGACUCUCAAAAGCCAAAAAGUUAAAGUGAAAAAUCCAACUGUGAAUUUUUUUUUUUUUGCUUUUGCACUGAAGUUGUGACUCUUGGAAAUGUUUUCAACCCUAAAACUAAGCCCUUAUUAUCUUUAGCUGACAUUAACAGCAAUGGUCUGUUAACAUCAAUGUAUAUCUAAAGGUAAAUGGAGUAAAAUGGUGCAUUUCCAUGAAAGCAACAUCUGAUCAUGGAGUAAAUACAUCCCAAAAUACAUAAAACUCAUGCUGGAUUUAAAAAAAAAGCAUUGUGAACAAAAACUUAAAGUUACUCCCAACUGUCCGGCCUGUAAUGGCCUUGCUUCCAAACUUUUGGCCUGUAGUGUAUAUAAAAACAGAAUUUGAUGGUUAAUAAAUAAUCCAAACCCUGUUUUCAAUCAAAAAAGUUACAAAAGCAACAAAGCCAAAGACAGGUUUCAAAAAAGCUGAGACAGGGAUGUGUUUAGUGCUGUGUUGCAUCACCUUUUUCCCCUCCCUUUUUGCCAGACAUAAGAUUUCAGCCCCUGAAUUUCGACAGUUUGGGGUUUUCUUUGUUGUUUGUUUUCUAAAGGUCAGGGCUGCAGGUAGGCCAGUUUAGCACCAGGAUUCCCUUGGAAACAAAGCCAGAGCAGAUUGGGGUAUGGCAUUUUCUUGCACAAAAUGAUAUGUUGGGUCUUUUCCAAAAAUAGUAAGUGUAUCCCUACUAAGCGCUUUAUGUGUUGUUCAGCAUUUGUUGUGCUUUGUUAGACAAGUAAGCUACCCCUGCUAUGGGCACUCGUGCAUCCCCAUAUCAAAGGUUCGCUUUUGAAAAGUAAGUUGAUGUCAGCUCUUUUGAGCCAAGGACAAGGGAGUCCAUGAUUUUUAAAAAAAUAGCAGAGUUUGUUUCAGGAUAAUUUUCCACUUUGCUUCAGUCCAUUGUAAAAGAAAAAGUCAUGAGCAUCCUCUUUGCAUGGUACAGCUUUAGCCUCUAUUUGUUGAUGCAGUGACAAGCUGUGUUUACGGGCAGUUGUUUUUAAAAGUAUUAUCAGGCCCAUGCGUUGAGCUCCACUGCAGUGUCCUGCCUAUUUUAAAGAAGUCCUUUAUGCUCUUUUCAUAUUUUGAAAUCAAACGUUCAGUUCAAAUGUUGGACGUUGGACAUCAAGAUGAGAUUUGCAGCAAUCAUAACACCACCAGACAGUUUAUCUCCUUAAAAGGGCAAAUUUGUAAUGGCAACAGUGAAGGAGGACUCUAGAAUUCUGGGUUCUGGAAUGCUCAGGGUUUUCAAAGACAGCAGCCUGAAAUAUGUUUAGAGUUUGUUAACCUGUGAACCAUGUAAAGCUGCUGAGAAGCAUGGGUGAAAAUGCAUUAUCAGCUGCAGUCACAGAGAGGGCACUGGGUGUCAAACUCACAAGUAUGUUCAAUGGAAAAUGACAAUGACACAUACUGCACACCAAAAUGCUUGCACUGGGUGUGCGAUUGCGCCUUACUCUCAGCUGAGAGUUCUGCAUGAUUUGGCAGCUCAGUUUUAUUUCUGACCGAGGAUGUUUCCACUGCAGUUUUUUUUUCAUCAUGAGAAUUUUGUGUAGUGGAAACUUGUGUGUUUGUGAGUUCCUGCUGUGGUGGAGUGUGUCGCAGCCUGUAGCGGGGCGUUGCAGCACUGCAGUGACCGGCGGCUACAGGACGACCUCAACUUUUAUCUUCACAGGACAAACUUCCUCAUUCUCAACAGGAAGCUCCUCUCUACAAAAAUAGUCACUUAAAAAAUUAAUGACAAGACUGGUGUAUUACAGUGGUUGAUGCUUGCAAGAUUAAGAGCUAAAUUAGCUUGUUUAGCAUUAGCUGCUUGGAAUUUUAGCUCACUGCAUGUUUAAAAGUCUUUAGAAAAUAAAAGGAAAACCACUGAAAUGAGAUGUAAGCUCAGACCUUUUUACCUCUGUGGAGUUUCAGUGUCAUGCAGAGCAGUGGUUUCCAGUUUCUCUGCUGGUUUGUAGCUCUGAUUGUCUUCUCUUUAUAUUUAGUUGGUGGUGACUGUGAUGUAAUGAGGUGAACCGAAGCUCGAACAUGACUUUGUUCUUUUGAAAGCUGCACAGUAAAACACACUCACAUGAAUAUAGAUGAGCAGACACACACACUGCAGAGUGACUCAAUCUAACUCUGAGAGCAGGUUCACUGCUCUACUUCCAAACCAGAUGUUCACUACAGAGUCUGACCGCCGAAGAUGUCCUCCUCAAUAAGGAUGGCAGAAAAUGCUGAUGAAAAACCCCAGUUUCAGUCAAACAAUCAGUUCAUACUUGUCUAAGUCUCUAUGUCAACAAGAAAUAAAGUUAUUAUGAACAUUAUUGAACAAGUGUGCCGGUAACUCAGCUAUGAACUGAGGUCCCACAGAAUGGCUCUGAAAAUGGACAUUAUUCUGAGCCAAUAUAGUGAUUUCCACUACAGAGCUUUUCUGUUUUCAUCUGAGGACCUUAAAGGAAUAUUCCAUCGUAAAAUUAAGUUAGGGUCAAACACACCGUAACACUGAGUUAGACACCCCGUCGAGAGAUGAAUGUUGCACUGCAGACGCGGUAGUUCUCCUGCCCAAGCGUCUCGGCCUGAUGGUGGUUAGUACUACGGCUGUGACCCUUUAUGUACUGUUGAUGAAGUUAGGUGCUAUUCUGAGCGUUAUUUGAGGCUAUAGAGUGGCUUGUUGGUUGAGCGCAUGGCUCUCUGUAUUGCUAUCAUGCGGUUGUUACUAAAGUUGGUAUAACUAGAGAAGGGGUGUCUAACUCAGUGUUACGUCUCUAUCCCUGAAGGACUCAGCCUCUCUGGAGUACCUUUUAUGUACUUAGUCAUGUUUCUAACCUGUUGCAGAUUAACCAAGUUGGUUUGGAGAUGUGACUGAAGGUGUUUUUCUUUGAUAACUUUUUCAGUGUUUGUUGUUUUUGUUUGAUCUUUUUUGUAACAUGUUUCUGGCAGCAAAUUUAAAAUGAGGGUAUACUUUUCAUAGAACAAUUAAACAGUUCAUUUGUUGUCUUUGAACUGUUUUUAGUCCAAUAUUGAGUUUGUAAAUCAUCAAAAUCUGUUUUAUCAGAAUCCUAACUUUUUAGGGAGCAAGGUUGUAUGAUAUUUUCUAGAUUACUUUGAACAUUUUGAAGAAUUUUAAACUGCUUCUUUAAAUAAAUGUGGGGGAAAGUGAGCCAAGAAGAGAGAGGAUAAAGAGUUCAAAUCAGACAUCAAAUUUGAAAAGUGAAAAAAUCAAAUGAAAUUAGUAAGAACACAAGUAUAUGCAGUUUUGACUGUGCUGAACAACUGAUGUAGCAACUUUACAUGUUUGAUUGAGGUCAUAUUAUGAAGCUUCUGAAGUCGCUACUGUUUUCCCACAUCCUCCGACACCUGCAGCACACACCUGUUUGACUGUGUGUGUGUGUGUUUGUGUGUGGUUUCCUCCAUGUCACACACCUAAAUCAUAAAGAAAUGAAAUGCCAAAGACAGAACAUCAUCAGGAGUACCACCUAAAACCUGAAGUACAAACAUAUUAGUAAAAUAAUCUAGCUACCUUACAGUUACAUGUUGUGAAAUACACUUGUACGCAGAUGAUGCUGUCCUGUAUUGCUUUAUUGGCACAACAUAAUUAGACCCCAGACUCAUAUAAUGAAAACGGCGUUAAGUAAACUGUGUGCAUUUAUAUGUUGCAGUGCAAAAUGUCCAAUAUUCAUCUACUGGUGGCAUCCUUAUAGAUGUAUUUAUGUGUGUCAGUGCGUGACUUCAGGGUGUGCGUUCGGCGGACGGAGGCGUCUGAGCGCUGCAGAAUGAGAGGAGACGGUGUCCUGCGAGCUGAUAUAGAUGCUCUUCUCCUGCUGAAUAAGUCUGAAGAUGUGGUGUACAGAUGGCCAUACAGAUUUCUGCGCCGCUUUGGACGAGACAAGGUGACACACACACACACACACGCACACACACACACACACACACACAGAGACCUUUCACAGUAUUUUACGAAGGAUAACAAGUUUGCAUCUUCUCCAGCUAUAUAAAAGUGAAACCAAAAUACAACCGGUGUCUGAUUUCUAGUUGCGCAGCUAAAUUUUGAUACUCUGAAGACAGAUUUAUAUUGACAAAAAAUAUCAAAGAUUCUUUGGGUUGGUGCAGUUCGGGCACUUGUACUUUAUUAAAGCUUUACUUCAGGGUAGCUGUCAUGUUGUCCAUCUUUUUUACAGUUUAUUAGAGACACACAUGAGUUAUGACCAGCUGUGGUAUCCUCAGGCAGCAUGUCAGAAUGCAACAGCGAAUGGUAAUCUACGGUGGCCCUAAUGUCCAAAACAGAAACAUAACAACAAACCACGCAAUGCAACAAGACACAGUCCUGAAUAAAAAAAAAAAAAAAGAUACUGAGAGAGAGCAUGAACUGGAAAAUGGUCUGACAGCAACUCUCUUUUCAUAAGUCAUCUUUGAUUUUUGUGUGUUUUUUUGAUUUCUUGUAGGUUGUGUUUCUGUUCUUUCCAGAUUUGUCCUGCUUUUUCUCUUUCUUCUCAUUUCUGGUUUUGAGUUUUGUUGUUUUUCUUGUGAUUGUUUUGUUUUUUAUUGGUCGUUUGUUUAGUAAUUUUUUAAGUUGUUUCAUGUUUGUGAUGUGUUAUAUGAAAUAUCAUUGUUUCAACUAAUUCAUUAUUGCUCUACACGUGUAUAUUGUGAUUCUUGAUUGUUUUGUUUCUGGUUGUGACAAAGAGGUUGUCACUGUUCGAGGACAGCACAUAGUAAAUCCAAUGGUAAAGAGACAUGCAUCCAUUGACCUUUAGGUGUGCUGAUCGAGGUGCAUAUGUUCAAUUAGGUGAAAGGUUAUCUGGCUAAAUUGUUAAAACUUUGUUGUUGAGGAGGAUAUUUGUGGGUGAAACAGUGACUUUAUUGAUGAAAUGUGUUUGUUUGAAUUAAAUGCAAGUAUUAAAGUGAAGUAUAUUGAGUUAUUAAGGGAAAUGGUGAGUUAACUGACAAACAACAGCUGCUUGGUCUCGAGAUGGAGGGGCUGAGCAUUUAAAAGCCUUUGACCACCAUGGGUCUCGAGAGAGAACUCACUUCAGUCUGAAGGUGAAUGUAAACUAGACCACUGCAGCUACUGGGAAGCUCUUAUGAAAUUAAUUGUUUCUUCCUGGGGAUUUUUGAGUUUCUUUUUUUUUUUUGUUAGUUGUUUUUUCUGACUUUAUUUGUAAUCAUUCAUGCAACUCAAGCCAUCAUUUCCUCAUUUUUCUAUGGAGCCCUCUUGUAACACUGGCUUUGUGUUUUUGUUGUUUAAUUUGUUGUUUUCAGUUAUGUUUAUACUUACUGAAUUUUUUAUUGUUUUGUAAUAUGUUAUGUUUGUAUUUGUAUUUGUAUUAUAUAUAUAUCAGGGCCACUUUAGAAUCCUUAUUUCACCCAAACCAAUCAUACAGUCAGUCUUUGAAAAGCUGGAUUCUCUCUUACCUGUUGUCCCUCAGACGUCUCAGCACAGUGUAUUAUGUAACUCAGUUUCAUUUGAGGACUAUAAUCUGGUCUAAUCUGGACUCUGCUGUCUCUCCUUCAGUCCACCUUUUCCUUUGAGGCUGGCCGCAGGUGCGACUCUGGUGAGGGGAGUUUUGAAUUUGACACCAAACAAGGGAACCUCCUGUUUCAGGCUGUGGAAGCAGCCAUUGACCUGCAGAGGCUCCCCCUUCCCCACAGACAGCCCUCAGGAGGGGGGCAGGCAAGUCCAGAGACCCCCCAGGACCUAAGCCUGCCCCCCCUGCCUCUAAACUCAACUCUGUUCCAGAGCAGGACGCCACCGCUGCCUCAGCCCCGCUGCCAUGUCCCACAAGCCCCUGCUGCUCAGGUCAGCUCAAAGGAGAGGGGAUACAGAAUACAAACCCUGACUUUCACAAUGGAAGCAUGACUGUUGAAUAAAGUCAAUGUUAGAUUAUCUCACCCAUCUGCGUAUUUUCUGUCCUCAGGCAGCUGAUGGCGUGUACAGUAUGGUGACUGAACCAUCAAACCUUCAGAUGAGUCAUCACAAAGACAAAGAGAGCGCCAACUCUUCACCACAGUCUCAACAUCGCCCCCCUCUGGUAGGAACCAUCAACUGGAAAACACAGAGUGUCAGCCUUACAGGCAACAUGACCAUAACAGAUGUGAACAAAAACAAAAUCAAUCUAAGUUUAUUUUAUAAGGCAACAAUUUAGAAAUCUUUGUCUAGGCGAGGAAUAAUGUCAAAUUUUUGAUGCCACAAGAGCAAUCAUCCUACCAGGUAGGAAGGAUUAAGGCACAAUGUGAGGAUGUAAGGAAAGGAAUCAAGGGUGUACAACCAACAUUUGACAGACAUGAAUAAACAAAGUGUCAAUCAAUACUGGGUUUCAUAUUUCAUUUAUCUGUCCUCAGACCCGUCUGGAGCCUCCAGUCGACAAAACGCUGACAGGUGUGAAGAGUUUGACUCUGGAAACUCGAGCCCUCCCCAUCCCUCGGAAAAACCAAGUCAAGAUGAUCUCCAGCUGCCCUCUGCCUAACGCUGGCCCUGAGUCUGACACCAACCCACCCUCCAGCUCAAGCUCCAUCCCAAGUUCCUCUAAACUUGGCUCAAACCUAGACAAGACAUACUCCAAGAUCACCCUGCCGCCAGAGCGAGCCACCAAGAGAGAGAAGAGAAGUGGCAGCCUGGCUCAGCCCUGCACCACACCUCAGAUCACCCCAGAGCCGGAGUACUCCCUCCCCUUCGACACCAUUGCUGUCAAAGUCAUGAGCAACAUCUUAAAUUCGCAUCAGGCUCUGGGUGCUGAGGGUGGCGCCGACCCGCUCUAUGAUAGCAUUGACGAGAUGAAGAUCAGAAACAUCUUCUCCAGUGAUGCUGACACUCUUGGACCGCCGUAUGCGAAGGUGGAGCACAUCUAUGAUGAACCAGAAGGUUGUGCCGCCCCCACCGCACAAAAACCUCCAACCUCAGUCUACGAUGAACCCGAGGAGAUGAGAGGAGAUGCCUGGAGGAUUAUGGGAACACCAGCUGACCCUAAAGGUCAUGAGUACCCAUAUAAUCCGCGGGUGGAUGACUACGCUGUGCCCAAACGACCUCAGAGGGCAUGUCCUGUGUCACAAAGCACCACAGAAGAAGAAGACAAAGAGGAGGAGCCACAGAGGGAGGAGGAGGAGGAGGAGGAGGAGGGAGUGGUGGAAGAACAGCAGGAUUCACCCUAUAACAAUGUGAAUGUAAAGAUGGCGUAAAGGAGAGUCAGCUAUGAGCACGAACAUAACUCAGACCAAUGAUUCUGAUCUAUAAUCAAGAAUGACUGAUGAUGAUUCGAGGGACAGGUUCACCAUCAAACAGCCUGUACUCAGCUUUUACUCUGCAGCUCCCUGCUGAUGCAUUUAAAGACAUUCAGACAUCUGAGAUCCGAAGGCUUUCUAUCUGGGCUCUGUUGACUUAUUUUGGAUCUAAAUUAGGAGAAAUACUUGAGGAUAUAUACAGAAAGGUUUGCAGAAAGAUGUGUUUAAUUUUUUUAUUUGGAUCUUUCGAAGACUAACUUAAGGUUGACAGCAGUGAGAGAGAAAAAAAAGCCUGCAGGGGGCAGCAGAGCUCACAAGAUCUUUUCAACAAUCUGAUUACUUCAUAGAGACAAAGAACUGUGGACCGUCUGACCGAAGUUUGUUCAAACUCUAUUUGUUUUUGUGCAGUUUAAGGCUCAAACUUUCAUGAAAAAUUAUAAAUUAAUACUGUAAUAGAUAAAUACUGAGUGUGUGUGUGAUGGUCAGAGUGGGUGUUGAGAGUAUGUACAGAUAUUUUAUGAAUAAACAGCUGUGAGAACCUCUA